GAUUGUUAUCUUUCUAAGCAGUGCUUCUGUCAUCUCUAUCGUGAUAAAUUUGUGGUGUAUGGACUCCCUAUAUGUCACAUUCGCGGUCUUCCCCUCCUUGCUGGCUGCCCCACUUUUGUCUCCCCACUCAUUUUAUCACUGAAGGAACUUGGAUGUCUAUGAUUUGCUGGAUCUCUGCAAUCAUCAAUCUGUGUUUCGUGUGUGUUAGGCCGGGUCCAAACCUCGUGAGUUUUGGAAAGAAUUGUUUUUAAAAUGUUUACACUUUACAGUUUUGGGAUAAAGUGAGUCGAACAGCACUUAAAAAUGUGGCGGAUUGCUAUAUAUGAAACAGUCUAUAUUAUUAUCUACGGCCUAUAUACAGUGUUCGAAUUUAUUUGUGGAAUGUUCGAAUAUGUGUAUCAAACAGUUUUUUUCACUUGUCACGAGUUUUUGUUUCCCAGCGAAAAGAGAGCAAGACUGAAAGAACUUGUAAGCAAAAUAAAGAAAAAACCUAAACACUUAACUGUACUAUUGGGUCCAGAAGAUGCUGAAGUCACAGACUUAGCUAACCUGGUAAUUUGGUGUUUGGCUUCCCAAAUCGUUUUCAUCAGUUUUUAUGAUCACAAAGGUAGCUUAAAAAAGAAGGAAGAAAAGCUGCAGUUAGAAGUGAAGAAGCAUAGUGGUGAUACAGCACAAGUAAUAUGGUAUACUGAUGAGAAUUCCAAUCUUGAAAAUGGAUUCAAGGGAAGCAAAGUUCAUGUGAAAAUUAUUACUGAUGAAGACAGUAAAAUGAGUGCAGCAACCAUCACAAAAUUGCUGGUGGAGUCUGAAAAUGAAGAUUUCACCAUAGAAAAUAUUCAUAAACACUUUGUGAAACAGUUUAGGUUUCCAGAUCCAGAAAUGGGGAUAUUAUUUGGAAAAGACUAUUGUUUUUAUAAUUAUCCUCCAUGGCAAAUGCGUCUAACUGAAUUCUUUAGGUUCAAGAGUGCAAAAAGCAUCACUUAUGCCCAAUUUUUAAAUCUAUUAGUAAAAUUUUCACAACGUGAGCAAAGACUAGGAAAGUAAUUUUUUGUAUAAUAUUUAUUUUAUAUUUGGCAGUUGUAGAGAUAAGGUAAAGAAUGAAUAUGUUGAGUCAACAUGUGAAUUACCGCUGUAAGUCUUAUUCUCAAAUUAAUGUGGUUACCAAUUUUUAUAUAUUUAUGGUAGUUCAAAGAACAUUAAGAAAAUUGAAUUUUUAAAAUGACAUUAUGAAUUAUACAACAAGAAUGAGCAAAAAUUUAAGUAAAUGUCUUUAUUUUAGAACAUAAUUUAUUACUAUUUCAAUAAAAAUACUUCAAAAUAAGUUUUUAGACUGUUUUCAACACAAACAAAAUCAUACUUGACUGACUACUACAUCAUUGUGGUGGUUAUUUGUAUAUAUGUUGGCGUCAAACAUUGAAAUCCGUCAUUCCCUGAAAUUCCUAGUCAGUCCCCAUAUUUCCGUCAAACACCAUAUCAGUUGGAUUAUUACAACAGUUGAGUACACAUUUCAGUUAUUCCCUGUAAUGACUGAACAAUUUCAAUCAAACACUGUAACAACCACAUUAACUUCGUUACUCUAUUUGCCUGAGUCAGUCUUUCGUUCCAGUUUUGUGUUCAUUUGCUUGAGUAUACACAUCGUUUUUGAGAAACUAUGACAAUGUGAAUAUGAAACAACCAUGGAAUACAAAUGAGUUGAAGGAGGUAAGUUGAUUUUAAUUUUGUGAACCUAAC